CUUCCUGCACCACCGCCUGUGACAGCAUGUCUACCUGUAUCGCCGCCGACUGGAACGUGGCCGGCAAUACGUGUUUCCUUCACACUGCUGUCACUGGAUGUAACGCUCUGGUCAACAAGACGACCUGUAAUAACUACAGGAGAGUAGGAGCUUGUACAACGACAACAACACCUUCUACACUGACCCUUGCCCAGCUCUUGGCUAAUUUCAAUGUCACCCCCAACAUGAACAUCAUGGGUGGUGUGGAGCAGACCAACCUGACUUCUCUCAUGGCCUGCGCGGCUGCCUGCAACUCGAACCCAAUGUGUUUCGGAUUUGACUACAACAACGGGACCAGCGGGUGCUACUUCUUCUUCGGGAUGGCCGUGUGCGGAACCUUGCGGUCGGCUCCCGGUGUGAAUCAUUACAGGAGGAUCACCGUGUUCUGUGGCGGAACACCAGCCACUACCCCCGCUACCACAGCCGCCCCGAUCGUCCCGACCGUCACCUUCCCAUCCUUCACAUUACCGAACAUUUUCCUUCCAAAUAAUCCUAACAACAUCAUUUCGAACUUAUUUGGUAUUCCGACCCUUAAUAUUCCGGGACUCAAUAAUAUUCCGGGACUCAAUAUCCCAGGCCUGAAUAUUCCGCCGGCAACAACGACCACCAUCAACCCAUUCCUGAGUUUCUUUCAGAAUCAGCUGGCACCACAGCAGCAGAAUUUUGCAAGUUUCUUACCAGUGACCGGCGCUCCGCCUGUAUUCCCACAAUUCCAACAAUUCCCACAAUUCCCACAGUUUCCUGGAGGCGGUGGUGCUUUUGGUUUUGGUAAGCGUAGGAAGCGCUCAGUGGAAGAGAAGCACGCGGCUCGUGACAUUUCGCCCCUAAGAGUAUAGCCAGCUCGGAGGUGGCCUCUCUUCUGCAUUCGUCACGGCAUUAUUGUAAUUGACCUUGGAUAUACUAGUCUUAACAAUAUUUCAGAAGUGAGGCGAAUGCGUGUUUUAUUUAGAAAGAGAUAGCAUAAGACAAAUUUCGGUUUUGUAUAUCUAUAAGAACAUCAAAAAAGCGUUCUCUUCUCUGUUCUUGUCAAGAGUUGAUUUUCAAAGUUCCUCUUUUUGUCUUUAAUUAUUGUCAGACCAUGGACCACGCACCUUCAUGUAAGUUAAUAUAUGAUGAAGUACUGUAGAGAUAUUUAAUUUACUUGUUUACUGAGUUUUUGAUUUAAAAGAAAAAGAGUCUUUAAGCUCGUUGUGCACAUUAAGCAAUUUUAUACGGUGAUACAGAUAUCUUCAUUUUGAAUCCUGAAUACAUGUAGCAAAGAAAAAUGAUUACACCUAACAAAAUAUAUAACAUGAUACAUCUAAUGUAAUAGAAAUAACAUAUGGCGUAGCUUGGAUGCUUUGAAAAGGCAAGUUUAAAAUAAUCAUAUGAGGAUAAAGAUAUGGUUUAUAUAGUAGGGAUCGUCAAAUGACGGUUGGUUGUCAUAGUAAAGCGGACCAUUUCAUAAGGGGUUCAGAAAGGGGGCAAAGUGGGGGUCUCUUUGCCCCCUUGUUAGCCCCAGCUAUUGGUAGGUCUAUAAAUGUGAGAUAUAAGUGUAAAAGUGGGUGUAAUAUUGUAGGAAAUACAUGUUUUUAUGAU